AAGAGAAAAGAAAAACCUCUCAAAAACCUCAAAAAAUCUUCUUCUUCUUCUUCUUCUUCUUCUUCUUCUUCUCUCUCAUGUUCUUCAAUGGCUUCUCUACUGUCAACACCAGCUGACAUUUCCAGUCUCACUCCCUGGAGAUGGAGAAGGCUCUUCUUCCCCUCCCAAAACCCAACCCAAUCCCAUUGCUAUCGCCUCUCGCACCUCAAAGCCGUCUCCACCACUCAUUCCCAACAAGGCCAACCCCAACCCCUCUCGCUUUCCCAAUCCCAAUCCAAAUCCCAAUCCCAAUCCCAAACCCCAUUCCAAACCCUAAACCACGACCCCGACGCCAUUACACUCCUCAACCACCGAAUUCGCCGUGACCAAGGCAACCGGGAUGGUUCUAGAACCCUUAUGGAUGCGGACGAGGCCGAUAAGUACAUUCAGUUGGUGAAGGAGCAGCAGCAGAGGGGCCUCCAGAAGCUCAAGCAACGAGGCUCCACCGCUCAACGGAAGAAGGACGAGGAUGGCAUUAAGGCCUUUAGCUAUAAGGUCGACCCUUACUCUCUUCGUUCUGGGGAUUACGUUGUGCAUAAGAAGGUCGGUGUUGGUCGAUUUGUGGGGAUUAAAUUUGACCUUCCCAAAGGCUCUAAUGAGUCAAUUGAGUACGUUUUCAUCGAAUACGCCGAUGGCAUGGCGAAGCUGCCUCUCAAACAGGCCUCUCGUCUUCUUUAUCGUUACAAUCUUCCUAAUGAAACGAAAAAGCCUCGGACUUUGAGCAAAUUGAAUGAUACGACUGUUUGGGAAAGAAGAAAAACAAAGGGAAAGCUUGCGGUUCAGAAAAUGGUUGUUGAUUUGAUGGAGUUGUAUUUACAUAGGCUCAAGCAAAGACGCCCUCCCUACCCCAAGACCCCUGCCAUGGCUCAAUUCACAGCUCAGUUUCCUUAUCAGCCUACACCAGAUCAAAAGCAGGCUUUCAUAGAUGUUGAGAAGGAUUUGACUGAGAGAGAAACCCCCAUGGACCGUUUAAUUUGUGGAGAUGUUGGGUUUGGUAAGACUGAAGUUGCUUUACGUGCCAUCUUCUGUGUAGUAUCAGCAGGGAAGCAAACUAUGGUUUUAGCUCCAACUAUUGUCUUGGCCAAACAACACUACCAAGUCAUUUCAGAAAGGUUUUCUAUGUACUCAAAUGUCCGGGUUGGACUUCUUAGCAGAUUUCAGACAAAAUCAGAGAAAGAUGAACAUCUUGAAAUGAUUAAAAAUGGCCACCUUGACAUUAUUGUUGGGACUCACUCGCUUCUUGGAAGUCGAGUUGUGUAUAGCAAUCUAGGCCUUCUUGUGGUUGAUGAAGAACAGAGGUUUGGCGUAAAACAGAAGGAGAAAAUUGCUUCAUUCAAAACUUCAAUUGAUGUUCUUACUUUAUCUGCCACACCUAUACCACGAACCCUUUAUCUAGCCUUGACCGGGUUUCGUGAUGCUAGUUUGAUCUCAACUCCACCUCCUGAAAGAGUUCCAAUAAAAACCCAUCUUUCGGCACACAGUAAAGAGAAGGUAAUCUCAGCUAUCAAGUAUGAACUGGAUCGAGGUGGGCAAGUGUUUUACGUUUUGCCUCGUAUUAAAGGACUUGAAGAGGUGAUGGAGUUUCUUGAACAGUCAUUUCCCGAUGUUGAAAUAGCUAUUGCACAUGGAAAGCAAUACUCAAAACAGCUGGAGGAAACUAUGGAGAAAUUUGCACAAGGGGAUAUCAAAAUUCUCAUUUGCACCAAUAUUGUAGAAAGCGGUCUUGAUAUCCAAAAUGCCAACACCAUCAUAGUACAGGAUGUUCAACAAUUUGGCCUAGCACAGUUGUACCAGUUGCGUGGAAGGGUGGGGCGAGCUGAUAAGGAAGCUCAUGCAUACUUAUUUUAUCCAGACAAAUCACUGUUAACUGAUCAAGCACUGGAGAGACUUGUAGCCCUUGAGGAAUGCUGUGAACUUGGGCAAGGCUUUCAACUCGCGGAGAGAGAUAUGGGCAUAAGAGGUUUUGGUAACAUUUUUGGUGAGCAACAGACUGGGGAUGUUGGAAACGUUGGAAUUGAUCUCUUCUUUGAAAUGCUCUUUGAGAGCUUGUCGAAGGUUGAUGAACACCGAGUAGUUUCUGUUCCAUACUGGUCGGUGAAGGUUGAUUUAAACAUAAAUCCUCAUCUUCCUUCUGAUUACAUAAAUUAUCUGGAGAAACCCUUGGAAAUUAUCAAGGAAGCCGAAAAUGCAGCUGGGAAAGACACGUGGAGUUUGAUGCAAUUUACUGAGAAUUUGCGACGCCAAUACGGGAAAGAGCCCCAUUCCAUGGAGAUCCUACUGAAGAAGCUUUAUGUAAGGAGAAUGGCAGCAGACCUUGGAAUAAGCAAAAUAUACGCUUCGGGAAAAAUGGUUGUUUUGGAAACAAACAUGAGCAAGAAGGUUUUCGAUCUGAUCACAGAUUCAAUGGUAUCCGAGGCUCACCGAAAUUCUUUGAUUUUCGAGGGAAAUCAAAUCAAGGCUGAACUUCUUUUAGAGCUUCCUAAAGAACAACUUUUGAAUUGGAUCUUCCAAUGCUUGGCUGAACUCCAUGCUUCAUUACCAGCCCUCAUAAAAUACUAGACUUUCUCUUUUUCUUUUUUGGGUACAGAAAAUAACAACUCAUUUAGUCUACAAGCUAUGCAUGUGUUGAUAUGCCCCUCUCAUCGUAUCAUCUGUUUGGCAUGAAUGUGCAGUAAUAAUAGAAGUGAGCCAAGAAUAUGUUCUUGUGUAUAUUCGUACUGAGCUAUGACCUUUACAAAAUAGGAAUCACACGAAGCUGUUUCAAAUCAAAACAUUUGUUACAGGUUCAGAGUGGGAUUUGACCAAAGUACUAGAUGCAAAUAAGUUGGAGGAUGUUUUUGGUGGAGUAAAGACUUGGAAAACUUGAAGGUGUAAAUUUGGCUUGGAAACAUAUAUUUAUAUAUAUCAAACAGAACAGGACAGGAAUAGGGCUUUUGAUGUUUGUUGCUUUGAUACACAAUUCAAACAAAACAUGUAUAAAUUCUUACAACAGCAAAUGUCAGAAAUUCGACCAGUAGAUCCAAUGAAAAAGGCUAUUUUCUUUUAA